AUGGAUGAUGAGCGGGGGUCCAGAACUGCCCCCUUCUACGCAGUGCCAUCCCGUCGCCUUGUCAGCGUCGAGCACCCUGCCGUGGUGCGCAAUGUCGACAAGGCGAUCGAGACCUUACAAGGCGACCCGGGAAUAAAAACAAUUCUGAACCCGGCAGAUGGCAUACUAGCUAAUCUAGUGUUGCGACCAGAGGAUGCCAUGGCUCGAUCAGACGGAAGCGCAAGAGAGGCUCAAACGAGCCUUUCCCUAGACGCACCAGAAUCGGAAGCAUCCGAGCCACCACCGCGACGGACUGCUAAGGAUCUAUUGCGCAGUCUGCGUGAUAACCCUUCCAAGUACCAGAUUGAGCCAGUCGGGAGGGUUGAACGCACACAUGUGUUCCGAGGAAUCCCUGAUUUUGUUUACUCAACUACGGCGAGUUCAUUUACGAACCGGUUCCGAGACCAAAUUCUUCCGUUUGACUUCGACAAAAUGAAGCAAUUUGACAUCGACAUGGCAAAAGGCGCCACCGCAAAUGCAGAUCUCAUCCCACCGCCAUCAUUCAGCCACGGAGAUGUCCCGUUCCACUACAUCUACCGGCAAAACCCAACAGUGAAACAAGCAAUUGGCCGCUCUGGCCAACUGGAAACAGUGAACACACAAACCGCCAACAAAAUCCGAACCUACCUAGUGCCCUACGAUAUACCACAGGUCCCAACAGAGCCACGCCCGGACAUGCUCCCAAUAAGCGCACUGGACGCUGGCAUGCUGCGAACAAUCGCCACUCUAAACGCCCUAUACGAAAAACAACCCGCCUGGACACGUCGCGGCCUACGCAACAACCUAACAACGGACGAAGAGCGUCUGAACCUGCGGCACGCAAUUCCAUACGUGGGAUACAUCUUCCGAUCCGGGCCCUGGCGCGACGCAAUCAUCAAGUUCGGUCUCGACCCACGCACCUCACCCGAGUACCGAAAUUAUCAAACCUUCAUGUUCCGACUCCUGGCACGAGAAGCGGAGCUCGCGCGCGACGGAGGCGGCGGCCGACGACACAAUGUCCCACGACCGAGCGACAUGCGCGUAGCCGAAGACGAAGGCGCCAGCGGGCCGUCAACGGGCCAUAGAUUCACCGGCAAGCAACCGUUUGCGCAAGACGGACGGAUCUGGAUGGUUGGCGAGAUCGAGGACGCGCAGCUGCGGGCUUGUUUGUAUCCACCUGAUGCGGGGCCUGAGUUCCUGCGCAGCGAGUGCGAUAUUAUUACUGAUGGGUGGUUUCGGAAUGGCACGCUUGCGAAGGCGAAGACGAUUAUGCGGAAUAAGAUUCAGGCAUUGAUGGAGGGGCGGGAGCCCGUUGAUGAGGAUUAUACGAAGAUUAUGCGGCUUCCUGACCAUGCGCGGUCUGAGGCCGAUUUCCCGUUGUUCACGCUUGAUCCUCAGACUGCGUCGCCGAAGGAGAUUAGUCUGGCUACGGAGGUUCGGGCGAUUAUUCGGAGUUCGCCGGUUUGGAGGAAUUUGACGGCUAAUGCUGGGUUGGUUAGGAGGGAGGCUGGGGAGGGUAGGGGGAGGGUAAAGGGGAAGCAGGCUUUGAAGGGGAAGAGUGUUGAGCCGGAACCAGAGCCUGAGCCUGAGCCUGAGAAACUCGAUGAGGAGAGUGAAGGUGAAGAGGCAGAGAUUCAGCGGAGGGAGAUGCUGGCUGAUCAGGUUGCGGAUGCCGCUGCGGCGAGGGAUGCUGAUGAAGCUGAUGAUGACGAUGAGGCCGACGGUGAUGGUGACGGGGACGGGGAUGAUAGUGAUGACAUGGAUGAUGACGAGGACGAGUAA